UAUCAGGACGCUCAAUAGCAGGAAUAAUUUAAUUCUGAUUUGGAUGGUGUCUAAAGGUAUAAUAAUAAUAUCUUCAUGUCGUCCCUCCUGUCCUUUGUUGGCUGGGCAGUCCUCCCCAACUAUGCAACUUCUUUUCUUCAGAAUGUCUACUAUGGGAUCACCAUUCGUGCCGGUGAUCCCAAGCCUCAACCAGGCUCCCCGCGAUACGCCCGACAUCGCCGUCGCAUCUUCAUCGCUGUCGUGACCGCAUACCUGCUAUACACUCUCUUCGAGGCCUUCCAUCGGGUGCAAGCUCAGGGUGACUUUUACCAGGUGCUGGGGGUGUCUCCCCUAGCGGAUGAAAGGUUCAUCAAGUCCCGAUUCCGACGUCUUGCCGCGCAGCAUCACCCAGACAAAGUCGGGAGCGGCGAUGGGGUCUCAGACGACUACUUUGUGUUCUUGAAAAUGGCGCAGGAGACGCUGGUCGAUCCAGCCAAGCGCUUCGCAUACGACAGGUUCGGACCCAGCAUGCUUAACUGGGGCGAGAAGAAGACAGCGCAUGCCUUUCUGGUGGCCGGACUCCAGAAGUCAAUCCCAGGAUAUGUGGGAGGGUUCUUGACAAUUUUGGUUCUGAACUUUGUCUGGUGGUCUGAAUGGGGUCGUUAUUGGCGCUUCUUCACUUUUGCUGCGCUUUUUACAUUAGAACUAGCUCUAACCACCCACCCGGGCGCCGUGUUUAUUCCUAGCUUUUAUAUUCCUCCUGGGUUGCGGGAGUUGGUUGGGAUCUCCCCCAACGCCCCGGGUUUCUAUCUUCUUCCCUUCCAAGUCAUGGCACUAGCGCAGCGGGCUUCGGUGACUUUACACAUAUUCAUCUCGCAGGUCACCCCACCGGAUGUGUGCAAGGGCUCUGCGCCGGGCGAGCGUCUCCAUCCGCAGACCCUCCAGAAACUAGGGCAGAUAAUGCAGCUCAGUCGGACCACGGACGGGGAAGCCACCCGGCUUCUACGUCUGGGAUUUGCGCCGUUCCAGGGAGAUCGGGAGAGUGUCGCGACCCUGCGGAAGGGGAUGAAGGAAGGGUUAGUUUUAAGCAGUGUCAGGGCCAGUCCUGGGGUGCAGCAGGCUGUAAAUGAGGUGAUGGAGCGGAAAAGACAGGAGAAAAAGGUAGAAUAAGCUGUAAAUAAGGUAGCUAUCUGUCUAGGUGUAAAUAAAGGAGCGAGCAUUGUUCAGAUGGGUCGAUCAAAGUAGUAGCAGCCGGUCGGAAGAAAUUUCUUGAGAAUCUGACUCGAGUUGGAUUUCCUGGAUGGGACCAUCCAGUCAUUAGUCGGGAAUCAAGAUGAGACCAAAGGAGUGUGAGGUUUUGGCCCAAAGCCAACUCAUUCACAAAGCGAAUUAAAUCCGAGGACGGAAGUGGUGGAAAGGCUGAAGUUAACGGGAUGAGACGGGAUUGGUGAUCCAUAACUCGAUAGAUAGCAUUACAGAG